CAAUGAGCGCGGGGCGGCGGCGCGCGGUGAGGACGCCAUGACGCGGAGCUGCUCGGCGCUGGGAUGCAGCGCGCGCGACAACGGGCGGAGCCGGGAGCGGGGCAUCUCCUUCCACCAGUCAGUGACCGCGCAGCGGGCGGCACGGCGCCUUACACAGCCCUACCGCCAGACCCACCCCAUUCCGCCCUACCGACCCCUUUCGGCCCUACCCAGCCCUAUCCGCCCUACCGACCCCAUUCCGCCCUACCGACCCCAUUCCGCCCUACCCAGCCCUUUCCUCCAUACCGCAGGUUCCCUGUGGACGCCGCACAGCGCCUCCAGUGGAUCCGCGCCGUGAACCGCGUGGACCCCCGCAGCCGCCGUUUGUGGCUGCCCGGUCCCGGCGCCAUCCUGUGCUCGCGGCACUUCGCCGAGGCCGACUUCGAGCGCUACGGGCUGCGGCGCAAGCUGCGGCGUGGAGCCGUGCCGUCCCGCUUCCCCCAGCCGGAGCCGCCCCGCGGCCACCCGCGGAAGGUGCCGCUGCGUUGCGCGCCGCGGAGCCAGGACCACACGUACAGCCGCAGCGGGGCCGGCCCGGCAUCGCCCUCCGCCGCCACCCGCCGCCUCCGCGGGCCCGUCCCUGAGCUGGCGGCGCGCCACGGGUUGCCGCGGGCCGCGCUGCGGGUGCUGCGGGCGUUGUUUCCAGAUCUGCCCCGCGCCGCACAGCACUGGAGGCGGCCCGCCGAGUACUGCCCUGCCAUGAGACGGUUCGCCUGCCUGCUGCACCUCCGCCACCGCGCCGCCUACGAGCAGCUGAGGAAGGUCUUCCCCUUGCCGCAUCCUGCCAGCCUGACCAACUGGCUGUCUAACAAUGCUGCCGCUCCAGGCUUCUGCAAUGAUAUGUUCCUCCAGCUUCAAGAAAAGGUGGAGAGAGGGGAACAGGCCUACUGCCACUGUGCCCUGAUGGUACGGGAAAUGUCUCUGCAGAAGUGCCAGGAGUGGGACCGGCAGACCCAGCGUCUGACUGGCUUUAUUGACUUGGGAGCAGGCAGCCUUGAUGCUGAUGAAGCUCCGCUGGCCUCAGAAGUGGUCGUUAUCAUGGCAGCCGGUAUCUCAAGCCCUUGGAGGGCUCCCCUUGGCUACUUCUUUGUGAGCAGCGUGACUGGUUCCUUGCUGGCUCAGCUGCUCCGUCAGGCCAUCAGUAAGCUCAACAACAUCGGUGUCACAGUGCUGGCCGUGACGUCGGGUGCCACUGCGUACGGGGCUGAGACCGCAAGAGCUCUGGGGGUCAGGCUCAACCCCAAAAGGAUCCGCUGCACUUUCCACCACCCGCCCAGCUCUGCUCACUGCAUCGCUUUCUUCUUUGAUGUUUGUUAUGCUCUCCGGUUGAUUAGGAACACGCUGCAGUACUUCCAGAAGAUACAGUGGCUUGGUGACACUGUGCAUUGGCAUCAUGUGGUGGAGCUAGCAACUUUACAGGAGGAAAAGCUGUUAAGGCCCAGGUCAGGGCAUCCAGUGAGUGAAGAGACUUACCAGCUGAAGGUCAACCUUGCCACCCCGUUGUUCAGUGAGGGUGUUGCUGAUGCACUGGAGCACCUCCAGAAGCUGGGCCUGGCCUCAUUCCAGAACUGCGGUGGUACUGUCAAGUUUCUGCGUACAAUGAGCCGUCUGUGCGAUGUAUUUCAUGGCAGAGGCCCGUAUGGCAGUGCACUGAAGGGCCCCCUGCUAGCUGCAAAUUACAACAGAAUCAGCCCCCUCUUCCAGGAGGCCAAGAGCUUCUUUGUUUCCUUAACAGACUCUACAGGGAGAUACAUUAUUAAGAGCAAACGCAGACUGGGUUUUCUGAGUUUCUUGCUGAAUGCUGAGAGCCUCAAAUGGCUUUACAGCAACCCUGUGCUUCAAGAGGGUGCUCCUUCCCACCACUUCCUGACCUCCGCCUUCAGCCUCGACCCACUGGAGUGGUUUCUCUGGUCCCUCCGGCAAGCCUGCAGUGCUGGCAGCAGGAGCCCCACCUGUGCCAUGUUUCAGGCUGCCUACCGCAAAGUACUGGCUGGCUGCAGCCUGGCGCCAGACACUCCGCACAGCACAGCAAGUAUCAGCAGCUUGGACCCGUCCCUGCCUCACAGGACAGACCUUACCCUUGGCAGCAUUUGUUCUCAGUAUAACCCAGCUCGUGAGAGUAUGCCGGCAGCAGAGCUCCCUUGUCGUGCUGGCCUUCUUUUGUGUGACUUUCCCCUGAGCAAUGCACUUACAGACCUAUCGCUGCACAAGCAGAGCAUCACCUUUGCUGCAGGCUUAGUUGCUGAGCAAUUAGCCUCCAGCUUGCGAUGUGAGGCUUGUGUUGCAUCCCUCUUUGAGUCAGAUGGGAGCAGACUAAGGUGUGGAGCGGUGCUCUACAUCAAGAAGUUACACAGACUAAGCCUGCCCUCAGCAAGUGUGCACCAUGUAGCACACAUUUCUGAACGAGUCCUGAGCAGGCAUGGACAAUUAGGAGAUGACAACAAGAACUCCAAGCUACAGUAUUUGUCUCUAGAACAGAACAUUUUCCAUGAGCUUCUGGGACAAAAUCACCUCUUCCCCACCCUUUCUGAGCAUUUAUUUGAGGGAGGAUUGCACAUUGACAAUCAUUACACAAUCUUAGUGAAGAGAAUAGCAGAAUGUUAUUUAAAUAUCAGAACAAACCAAGCCCAAAAACUGAACUUAAGUUACUACUGUGGCAGGCACAGAUUAAAGAGAGUGAAAGGAAAGCAUUUGCUCCUAUCAUAGCCGGGUAGCUGCUGGUCAAGCCAAACCCAUGCAAGGUCAUGAAUAUUUAUUGCUGUCUUCCACUGAGUCUGUUAUGGCCAGAUCCAUGCAAGAGGUGCCAGCUAACCACAUGGUGUCUUCCCAUGAUUUGCCAGGCAAAAACUGGUGAUGACUUGGGACACUGUGAAUGGUCUGACCCCAGUCUGAGCAAGCAAAGCAAGGAAGUCCAUCUAGCAACCGUGUGAAGCAGCCAAGUAUUUCAUGCAACUCAGAGCCAAUCAGGAUAGGGAGCAGUUGCUUAAAAUGCCUGGGGGAGGUGGCAAGGGACAGCGUGGUGUCUGCUCCUGAUAAUGGCUAGCAAAGUGCUGUGAGUGCUCUUGCUAGGAGGGGGGGAUACAUCUAUAGUUGCAGAGUGCAGGGGAUCGGUGUGCUGCUAACUUGAUUUUACUAUUAGGCCUGUGAUAAAAUAAGCUGGAACUAAGAGACUUAAAAAGGGAAAAUGCUUAAUAAUGGAAAUAAAUCAUAUGGAAACAAUA